GUGGUCCAGACGUUCGAGUCGAGGACUCUCGCGAUUGCACCCGUGAACAUCGCUCUCCAAACACCCUCCAAACGUCUCCAAUUUGCUACCUCUUCCUGGGCUGUCGUUUCUAGGUACAGGUCAUAACCACGCGAUACAGGUCACAUUCUUGAACAGAUGGCGUCAGAGAUGGCGUCGAUUGACCCGGUGCUCCACAACGCCGAGGACCCGUCUUCGGUGCUCGUGGGCGGAAACCAACCGAUGAAGCAGCAGGAGCAGUCCGCGCGGCCAUUGUGCCGCUGGGCAGGGUCGGCCAGAAAAAAGGCGGGCAGCAACCCUGUCGUCUGCUGCAACCCCAGCUGUCACACGAGGCGCAUGAUUCUGCAGUAUCGCUGCAUCUGCGCCCCCUGCGGACUCUACUUCUGCUCAGCCAGCUGCAUUAGGGACGGGCAUGUGCGCCGCAGAGGAGGAUGCGUGCUAACGGCGGCGGAAUCCGACGUGCGGAACGACGUGCGGUGGCGACUGCAGGAGCGGCGGCCCCUCACAGCCGCAGCCGCGGGAAUGUCGCGGUUGGCUAAUACGUUGGCGGCCCGCGCGGCGUGCGCCCCCGAGGGCUGCCGCGGUCAGGUGGCCAGCGUUGCAGCAUGCAUCCGCACCCUGGUGGGCAGGCGCGACGGCUACAACCAGCAUUGUGUGCAUAUCAGGGACGGCGCGGCUUGCAGCGUGUGCCGCCACCAGGUGCUGUUCGUGGGCUACGCGUACCCCAAAUGGCAGCAGGAGCCCCAGAAGCCGCCGAAGAGGCAAAAGAUGGCCGCGGGACAGGAGCAGGAGCAGGAGCGGGAGCAGGAGCAGUGGGUGAUCACGAGCCGCGGCUUGGGCGAUGAAGUGCUGUGCGGCGUGUGCGGCGCAUGGCAGCAGCUGUGGCACGACCAGCAGCGGCAAGGCCUGCGGCAGCCGGGCUCGGACCAUGCCGGCCCCGAACCGUCGGUGGCAGUCGCCACCACCUCCGGCAGCAGCGGCAGCGACAGCCCCGAUGACAGCGGCGGGCCCUUCCACCGGGGGCUGCGUCUGCGCUCGCUAGUUCCGGCGCCGGGGCCGGCCCUGGUGCGCGUGACGGCGCUUCACAAGCUGGGCCGGUCACUGGUGACGGACGUGCUGUUAAACCAGACGCUGUGUGGGCAGCAAGCACUGGUACAGCCGUUGGACAGCCAGAAGCCCACGGUCGAACCCGUGGCUGCCUUCCUGCGGCGCCACAAGGAGCAGCAGCAGCGCGGGCGUGGGGCCAGCAGCAGUGGCAAGGAUGGCAUUGGCGGCGGCACAAACAGCGACCAGGGUGAGCAGGCGUCCGCCGCCGAACAGGAUCAGGAUCAGAAUCAGGACCGGGACCAGCCCGAGGUGCCUGUAUGGGCUGCUGGUCCCACGCAGGCGCACCCGGCGGGCGCCGCAGACGUGCUUGUGGAGCUGCCCUACUUCCAGGACUUCGACACAGGCAUGGCCGACGCCAUGUCGGUGCUGAUGGCGCAGCCCAGGCUGCCCGACGCUCUCCAGCGGCCGCCCUACGACCGGUACCAUCUCCUGGUGCCCACCGCUGCGGCGGCGGCUCCGGCUGCCAGCAGUCACCAGUCGCGCUUGCUGCGCCUGCUGCGCGUGUUGGCGCCGCCCAACCCGCUGCUGCAGGCGCCCGACGUGGUGCGCCGCAGCGCCCGCACCUCCUGCAGGCUGAUCAUCGCGCCUCAGGCGCUGGUCGCGCGGUCCACAGACGGAGGCGGCGAGGCCGCGGCUGCGACCGCCUCGAUGCGGACCAGCAGGCGGGGGGCUGCGGGCGCUGCUGCUGCUGCUGCCGCCGCUGGGGGAAGCGGCGGCCAUGGGGCCCCGCCGGCGGAGCAGGGUCAGCAGCCUUGCGGGCAGCCCCACACGCGCGCGCAGCAAAGGGCGCUGAUGCCCCGCUUCAGGGGCGGUGUGACGGGCAUGCACCUGGACCCGACGCGGACGUGCAACCUGGCCAUGGCGCCGGCCAGCAUGUCGCCCGAGGAGCGGCGCACGCUGGUGCUCGCCAGGUGGGUCUGCGUCUCGCCGGCGGGCCUGGCGCGGAUGCUGCAGGCGGUGUACAGCCUGCUGCAGACGGAGCCAGCGGCGGCGGUGCUCGCAAAGGUGCAGCUCUGCCCCGGCCUGCUGCUGGGCAAGGGCAGCCGCAUGCUGUUCACCGCCGACGGCGCGGCGUGGCUGCGCGAGCGGCUGCUGCCGGGCGAGGUGCUCGAGCUGGAGCAGCGGCACGGAGAGGUGGUGGAGGUGCCGACGGGCUGGGCGCACCAGGUGGUGAACGAGCACACCUGCGUCAAGCUGGCGUUCGACCGCAGCUGCCUGCUGGACGUGGCCGCCGACUUUGAGCUGUUGCACCUGGUCCGCGAGGUGGACGCGCGCCUGCCGCCGGACGCCGCCGUGACCGCCACCGCGCUGCUGCUGGACGACACGCCGCGGGUGGAGCAGACCAUGCUGGACGCGCUUGAUUGGCUGUUGGUGUCAAGCAAUUAAGGACGCCUUAUAGGUCCCCUGAUGAGAGCACCAGCCGCACACGCCCCGUGUACGUCCAGCAGCAGUUGCACCACUAAGGCAGCCUGAUGAUGAUGUGGCUGUGUGUUGCCACUGGGGAAAUUUUACAUGUUGCGUGUGCGGUGUGGUGACUGUUCUUACCCUAUGCUGCUGGGGGGUUGAGGCUGUACGCGUGGUGUAGCGCUGUAUGUGUACGGUAGUAAGACGUAAACGCGUCUGUAGCACAUGUGGCUGUACGUGCGCAGUGAAGUCAAAACAUAAUUAUGUGAGUCUAAGCCUGUAAGAAGGGUGUUUGGAAGCUGCUUUUACAGGGAUUUGUGGCGGAGGUAAUUGGCUGGCUUUCGCAGCGUUCAGUGAUGGCCACAGCAGCCCAAAUUGCAAACAACAAAAUACAGCUACGGCAAGGACGCCACAGGCGGCCAUAGCGCAUGGCAUGGCCAGUGCCACCGCGCGGCUUAUCGUGGCUUAUUAAGUUAUCAGUUGGCCAUUGUUCCAAAAUGUACAUGGUAGUGUCUCUGGUGGGGGCAUCCGAGCAGAUGGAUCCAAUAAUACGAUCCGUGUGUGUUUUGCACGUUGUGCCCGCCGUUCGCUCGCUGGAGCCCCUAAGGCGCGUGGCGCCCGUGCGUGGCACCUGCCACUCGCUUUUCUGAUUGUGAUGAAGCAAGGUGCGGCUAUAUCGUUGGUUUAUUUGGUAUAUAGCAUGUUGUCUCCUUCCGCAAGCUGCAACCAACCUGCAGCAAGGGAUACGGUAUGGUAUAGACCGGGUAUAAAUGCAUGGUGCCAAGGUUAAGCAAUGUGAUUGCUGAGCUCGAUGCGCUUUACGAGUCAGCCACCAUACAUCGCUUGGGUGCGGUGCACGCGCUGACAUGCGUACGGUACCAUCAGCGAUUGGGGAGAGGCACCACCAGGCCAACAUAGCUGUGCAUGCGUGUGCGUGCAGUGCAGCAGUUGGGUGCGAUGGGACAGGGUAAGGGGCAGGUUGGGGCCACGCUCCGUGGACGAGUUGCUAGUUUGCAAUGGUUGUAAUCCCAAUUCUUG